GAUCAGCUCUAGCCGGCCGAUGGUUGGAUCAUCGGCGUUGAAUCAACUGAGAGAUUAUUCUCCGUCUAAUGUUAGGCCUAAUUAAUGCUGAUCAUUUUAUUACAGGCUCACAUUUUUAAUCUCCAGUUUGGAACAAACUAUUUUCUGGAAGUUUUAUAUUUAACAUUAAUCUUCAGCUCUACGGUAAAUAAAUUCAGUUUUUCAGAGGUUAUUAACUCCUCUUGGUUCUAAACACAAUGCUAAAAAAAACUUUUACCGGGACAUUAUUGUGUGUUUUCAAUUUGCCUUUUUGCUUCACACUAUAUUUAUUAUUCUGCCUCAUUUUUAAAGGAGGUUUGACUAAAGUUCAAUCAGACAGAGUUCUGCUCUCAUUUUGUUUCUCGAUGUUCUUCACUGCAUCAGUGGGACCUUGGAUUUAUUCAGCCUUUAUUUUCUCGUGUCCUUCAAUGUUUUUAUUUAUACACUAACCCUGUUCACUAAUUAGCUACAAGUAUUUCCACCAAUCAAAGAAUUUCAAUGACUUUAUGCUGAUGUGGGAUUUAUGAUCUAAGUCAACUCGUUAGUUCUUAGAAAUGCUCAGAAAAGUUCUUUAUGUGGAAAUAAAAGCAGCAGUUUGUUCCCUGAUGCACAUCGUCUGGCUGAGUGAGAUCAGAAAAGCUCUGAUGUCACCAGAAACAAACCUGCAGCAGCUCAGGAUUCAGAGAAGCAACUCCCAACAUGCCCAGGUCUGGUUUUAUCACGCUGGAAGGAUUUCACAAGACGCUAAAAACAUUCCACUGGUUCACCAUUCCUGGGCCUAGUCAAAGCCCAGAUCUUGGUGAGGUUGAGAGUGGCACAAACUUUAACCCUAAAUCCGAUGUCAGAGAUGGUUAAUGGCUGCAAGAUGCUCACUUUGGUGAAAUUCUAUUAAUUAACCAAAAGAAUCAAAAUCACACCAACUUCAGUGAAGUCUUCUGUUCUGUCUACCUGUCCAGGUGUCCGACCAGGUGAGGAUGCUAACCAUGGAGAGGCUGUUGCUCUGCGUGAUCCUGGCGGUUUCCAUGGCGGUGCGGGCACAGAUCUGUCCGAAGCGCUGCGUCUGCCAGAUCCUGUCACCGAACCUGGCGACGCUCUGCGCCAAGAAGGGUCUGCUGUUUGUGCCGCCAAACAUCGACAGGCACACGGUGGAGCUGCGGCUGGCCGACAACUUCGUCACAAGCGUGAAAAGGAAAGACUUUGCAAACAUGACGCGGCUGGUGGACCUGACAUUAUCCAGAAACACCAUCUCAUACAUCACACCUCAUGCCUUUACAGAUUUAGAAAAUCUCCGAGCGCUUCACCUCAACAGUAACCGUCUGACGAGGAUAGGCAACGACACGUUCAGCGGGAUGUCAAAGCUUCACCACCUGAUCCUCAACAACAACCAGCUGGUUCUGAUCCAUCAGGGAGCGUUCAACGACCUGCUGGCGCUGGAGGAGCUGGACCUCAGCUACAAUAACCUGGACUCUGUUCCCUGGGAGGCCAUUCAGAGAAUGACGAGCCUUCAUACGCUGAGCUUAGACCACAAUAUGCUGGAAUACAUUCCAGAAGGAACUUUUUCCCUUCUGCAGAAACUCAACCGGCUGGACGUCACCUCCAAUAAACUGCAGAAGCUCCCACCAGACCCCCUGUUUCAGCGGGCGCAGGUUCUAGCCACAUCAGGGGAGAUGACUCCCUCGUCGUUCGCGCUGUCGUUUGGAGGAAAUCCUCUCCACUGUAACUGUGAGUUACUGUGGCUGAGGAGACUAAAGAGGGAGGACGACCUGGAGACCUGCGCCACACCUGAGCACCUGGCCGGCCGGUACUUCUGGUCCAUCUCUGAGGAAGAGUUCCUCUGUGAGCCGCCGCUCAUCACCAGAUUCUCCCAUGAGAUGAGAGUCCUGGAAGGACAGAGAGUCGCUCUCAGGUGUAAGGCAAGAGGCGAUCCAGAACCAGCCAUUCACUGGAUCUCUCCUGAAGGCAAACUGGUGUCCAACUCCUCCAGAACCUUGGUUUACAGCAACGGGACUCUGGACAUCCUCAUCAGCACUGUGAAAGACACGGGCUCCUUCACCUGCAUCUCGUCCAACCCGGCCGGCGAAGCCCACCAGACCGUGGAGCUGGUCAUAAUCAAACUGCCUCACAUCUCCAACAACACCAACAACAUCCAAGAACCCGAUCCGGGUUCGUCAGACAUUUCCACAUCGGCCCGAGGCGGCGCCAACGGCAGCAACGUGACGGGAGACGUGAAGGGCGGCGUGGACAAGCGGGUGGUGACGGCCGAGGCCAGGUCGUCCACCGCGCUCAUCAAGUUCAACUUCCAGAGGAACAUUCCCGGCAUCAGGAUGUUCCAGAUCCAGUACAACGGCAGCCAGGAUGACUCGCUGGUUUACAGGAUGAUUCCUCCAUCGAGCGAGAACUUCCUGGUCAACAACCUGGCCGCCGGGACUCAGUACGACCUGUGUGUCCUGGCCAUCUAUGAUGAUGUCAUCACAUCGCUGACAGCCACGCGAGUGGUGGGCUGCGUUCAGUUCACCACCGAGUCCGAGUACAUGCGCUGCCACUUCAUGCAGUCCCAGUUCCUCGGCGGGACGAUGAUCAUCAUCAUCGGAGGGAUAAUCGUCGCCUCGGUGCUCGUCUUCAUCAUCAUCCUGAUGAUACGCUACAAGGUUUGUAACCCUGGUGAAGGUGGCAAAGGCGUCUCCCUGUCGAUGACCAAUGUUCACUCGCAGACCAACGGGCAGCAGUCACAUGGCUGCACCGUCACUCCCAGCUCCUCUAAACACGGAUCAGUUGGAUUGGAUGACUUGUCUGCCGGCUCAAAGAAAAAGAGCGGCACUGCGGCGGCGGGACCCGGGGACAAGGACACGCUCACUCAGUCAUCUGAAUGCUCCCUGCCCGACUGCUCCACGGCCACGUCUGUUCUGAGCCAGAGCUGGGUGGCUGGCGGUGAAGACCGGGACAAAGUGGCCGAGCAGAGACCUCUGACUGGCGUCGGGUCGCCCACCGCCGCCUCCGGGUCCCUGCACAAGUCCAAGAGGAAGCCGGCUCCCGUUCAGCCCGAGAACCGUCCGCCGCCCUCCUCUCCUCGCCCUCCGCCCUCUUCCACCCCGUCCUCCACCCCGUUGGAGAACCUCAACACCAACCGCAACAACUCCACCAGUCUGAACAAAACCCCACCGCCUCCCUUUGUGCCCUCACCGUUCUCUGGGCCCCUGUUGGCCCCCAGCCCGGUUCCUUCCAUGCGGUUCAGAGAAACGCCCGUCCUGCGCCGGGCUCCUCGCGCCGUCUCCUCCUCUGCAAAAUACCAGACUCUCCCUACGGAGGAGGGAGGCCGGAGCAGGGCGAGGAGGAGGUACUCGCUCAGCGAAGAAGGCGCAAAAACUCAGUCGCCCCAUCAGAGGGCCGGAGGGGCGAAGCUGGGCCGCGUGAUGCGGAACAAACGGAGCCAGUCCAUGAGCGGGAUGCUGCUGUCUAAAGAAGAGGACGGCGACUCGGAGAAAGGGCGCAGCGAGUCGGACUGGAUCUUAGAAAGCACAGUUUGAAGUGAAGCCAGGCGGCGACCGGACAGGAACUUUGGUUCCCUCAUUGAGCUGUGUGUGUGUUUGCGGUGUGUCUGGGUUUGUUUUUCCACCUGAAGAGCCGGUCAGCCUCGGAAUCAAUCCUCAAUUUGUUUUCAUGUUUGAAUUUUGUUUUUAUGUGUUUGAUUUGAUUGGACAUGUUUUCUGGAUGAAAGUUUUUUACCUCUUUCUUUUCAUCUUGUUUUUUGUAUUCUGUUUACAGUUUUGUUCUCCACCUUGACAUUAUCCUUUGGUAAAUGGAUAACAUGCCUUGUCUCGUAGCGUUGGAGUCGUCUUACUGGAUCCACUUUAUAGCACAAAAGAAAAAGAAAAAAAAACAAGACAAUGAGCUUGCCACGUUAUUUCUGAAUUCACAUUCACCGUAUCUGAAAGCACCACAAAAGGGAAAUUAAUAAAGGGAAAGAAGAGGAGGAAGAACCCUGCAGCAAGGAGAAAAGCACAUCAUUUUUAAGAGCUGCACACUUGCAUACAGUAUGCACUCAUUUUGUGGCAAGAGAACAGCAGUCGGUGCCUUCUUUUGCACUAACAGACCCUCCCUGGCAGUAACUAGAUCUGGAUUUAUGACUUCACCGCAGCUCCACUAACGAGAGCUCCGGAGGAACCGGAUCCAACUAAGGAAGAGACGGAUUUCACACACAGCCUUUCUUACCUAAUGGGGAGUACUCACAUUUUCUUGACAUAUAAAGACAAAAAGUAACAAACAGAAGAACAUUUUAAUGGACCUCUUAUGAAAUUGUUAUUUUUAAACUUGAGAAGAAAAAGAAACACGAUUAUCUUGUGAGCUUUUCACUGACAUUGGUAUACUUUAGCCUGUGUUGGUCACAAGCUCCCAGAAAGCUUCUGUACAGAAAAAGACAACAUGUACCGUGUUGUUAUGUUGUGUAAAAUAAAACCGGUUAAAACUAAA